UCCAUCCUCACUGUUCAAGCGGAAGCCCAAUACUUAAAUAAGCCCGAAGGUGUUCCGCAAUCAUCCAGUCAGCGUGAAUUUCAAUCCUUGUUCUCAUGCAUCACCAUUUCAUGAUCCUGCCCUUCAUUGUGCUGUUCAUAUGCCAGGAAGUCAUCGCCAACACGGAAAUUAUCAACUUCGUUGCCGCCGAGGAAAGCAAUGUUGACUUCUCGUCCACCACGGUUGACAGUUGGCCAUUGUUGAAUUACAAAAAUAACCAGGGGCACUGGAACGUAGAUCCCGCUCUGCUCGACACGCCUUUGCAGCAGGUAUGCGAGUCAAAGACAGGCAUUGAUCCGGCAAACCCCUUCUCAUGCUCUCAUGAGCUCUGGGUAGCGCUGGAUCUCGAUGAUGAAAAUUGGAUGUCCUAUUCAAAGUUUACGCUACGUCUAUCGUGGCCUGCUUCCUCCCCCGCGGAUCUUUUGCUCGAAAUACACAGUCCACAGGCGAUCUUAACCCGUUUGUAUAAACUACCGCACCAGUCAACGAUAGAUGAUGCUUCGAUCACUACGCCGCAUUUAUCGCGCACGGGCUCCCCCACUACUCGCCUCAAGUACGCAAGGAUACGCGUCGUCGAUACUGGCAUACGCGCACCCACACCUGAUGUUCCUGCAUCGGCUACUCAAGCGAUACCAUUUAUUCUCGUUCUCGAACAACUCUACCUGGGCGUUCUACCGGCUUCUCUCCUUUCUACCGUGUGCUUCCUUAUCCCCGUUCUGUCCUGUGCGGCUCUAGCCACACCGUGGAUACUUAGUUAUCUCGAUCAUUUCAUACAGCAGGCGAGACAGGAAUUGCGCGAUUUUAGCACAGCUCAAGAAAAGAAGGAACAUUGAGAUGUGUUAGUCGUGCGGUAUACAUGCAUUUUUCUCGAUGCUGUGGCGUUUCAUCUCGACAGGGAGGACGAUCCAACGUUCGUGACACAAAUAUUGCUAUUUUAUGCUCGGCUCGCCCAGGA